AGAUUAGAAUCAUCUCGUGUAAAUCAUAUAUUUGCUUUGUUUUGAACGGUAACCAGUGUUACGCUUCACGAUGGGGAAAGGUUUCAAUAACUACAUGUGCAAGAAGUUCUUCCAUCCCUCCUCAAGAGACAAUUUGAAAAGGGUAUGGAUGGCUGAGCAAAAAGACGAAGCCUACCGCAAGAAGCAAGAUGAAUUGAGGCUUCAAUAUGAACGGGAGCAAGAACUCGUUGACAACAGAGCGAUGAUCUCGACGGAGUCGAAAGACAAAAUCAGCCUCGAUUUUAUGUACAACCCACCGCCGGGAUUGAAGAAGAAAGAAGACGAAGACAGCUCCGAAGUGAAGUUCGAGUGGCAGCGCAAGUACAAUGCACCACGAGAGGACUAUUGCAAGGACAAUGCAGAGGUGCGGGACCAGCCAUUUGGAAUUUUAGUGCGCAAUGUCCGGUGCAUCAAGUGUCACGAGUUCGGUCACCUCAACACGGACCGGGAAUGUCCACUGUACAACCAGCAGCCUGGAGAUGACGUGAGGCUUCGACCGACAGACUUGGAUCCCGUGGAGCUUAUGGUUCGCAUGAGAGACGAGACGGGUCUCAAACUCAAGGGUUCCGUCGUGGACCGGGAAUUUCUGGACCCGGCUGGAGGCAAGCCCAGGGCUGCGCCAAGAAAGCCGUGUCCUGCUUUAGCCGUGCUUGACACCCUGUCGACGCACCAGAAACUCAAGCUCUUGCGACGCCUGGACAAGUUUGAGAAAGCGCACAAGAAACUGUUGAAACGAGAAAAGCAUCGAAGUCGCUGAUUUUUUUCGGAACUAUUCUCGAUUUAAUUGCAGAGAUUUUUAACCGAUAGUUUGCGGAUUGUUGUGUGUGGACUUCGGUCGUCCUUGGGUGUCCGUAACUUGAUUCAAACUAGCUUGGAGAGGGAUUCAGGGAAUGCCUUUUUUAUUUUGAGAAUUCUAAGGCAUAAAGGAUAUGAAGUAAUGGGAAUACCAAUAUUCGAAUGAGACAUUGCUUAGUGAAGCACUGUAUGUUCUUUUAUUUUGGAUUGGAUUUGAACGUCAGGUAAAAAUAAGUUUUUGAUCUGCUGCCUAGGUUUUUCCAUUUCGCGCUGGAAACAUCCAAUAUACUUGGUUAUUAAGUGUCUCAUGUUUGAUCAAGAAUGAAUAAACUUCUUUGAAUGUCAAAAAA